AUGGGGUCACAGGGCCCUAGUGUACGAUUUCGUAAGCUUCAAAGCUUCCAAACGGACUACGCCCAUGCAUCAAUCACUCAGUAUGAAUCCGAACGAAGUGGUAUGCAGGUUAUUGUGACCGACCGAAAGGGCCCAAAAGUUAAUGGCUACUUCACCUUAGCCACUGAAAUUUUCGAUGACUCGGGAGCCCCUCAUACCCUUGAACACCUGGUAUUCAUGGGUUCAAAGAGUUACCACUAUAAGGGGUUAUUAGAUAAGCUAGCCUCUAGAGCCUACGGGGGCACUAAUGCUUGGACCAUGACAGAUCAUACGGCCUACACUCUUGAGACAGCUGGUUGGGAAGGGUUCGCCCAGAUUCUACCAGUCUAUCUUGAACAUCUUAUCGUACCCACCAUAACAGAUGCGGCAUGUCUGACCGAAGUCCAUCAUAUUAAUGGCGAAGGCAACGAUGCCGGUGUCGUUUACUCAGAGAUGCAAGGUGUGCAGUAUUCAAGCGCAGAGAUUAUGGAUAUUAAAGCACGACGCCUUCUUUAUCCCGAAAAUGUGGGUUUCCGAUAUGAGACAGGAGGUAUGAUGGAAAACCUACGGGUUUUGACCCCAGAGAGGAUACGCAAUUUCCAUAGAGAAAUGUAUCAGCCACGGAACAUGUGCAUUAUCAUAGUUGGCGAGGUUGACCAUGAUAAUCUUCUUACUAUCCUAGACCAAUUUGAAGAGAGCGUCAAAGACGACCUCCCCCCUCUCGACGCCCCAUUCAAACGACCAUGGAUAGAGUCUGCACAGCCACCCCCUCUCGAGAAGACAAUAGUUGAAACUGUUGAGUUUCCUGAAGAGGAUGAAUCGAUAGGUGAUAUGGUUCCGACCGGUGUAGCUACAGAAAAGUUAGAAUUUGUUGAGCAACGGCUUAUCUCUUUACUCAAGGAGGUCGCAGCCCAGCCGCUGAAUAUGACCUACAUGAGAGAGUGUAUUCAGAGAGAACGGCGGCAAGUGAAGGCCCAAGCUGAAGAAUCUGAAUCAUUCUAUUCGACAAAUAUUAUCACAGAUUACCUCUUCGGUAACCGAGACGGAUCAACUCUCAAGCAACUUGCAAGUCUCGAUGAAUAUGAUGCUCUAGAAAAGUGGACAGACGAGCAGUGGCGAGCCUUCCUGAAAACAUGGCUCGCUGAUGCUCACCAUGUCUCUAUACUUGGAAAGCCUUCUUUACAGCUAGCUACAAAACAGAAAGAGGAUGAACAAGCGAGGAUCGAGAAGAGAAAACAGGAACUAGGCGCAGAGGGAUUAAAACAGUUAACCCAGAAGUUAGAGGAUGCCAAGAAGCAGAAUGAGGUUGAGAUUCCGGCCUCAGUACUCGAGAAGUGGCCGGUACCUCCGAUAGAAUCGAUUCAUUUCAUCGAAUCUCAGACUGCACGAUCCGGCAUGGCUAGGAAACUUGGUAUCCACAAAAAUUCCGCGCAAAAGAUCAUUGAUCAGGCCUCGUCUGAGUUACCCCUAUUCGUGCAAUUCGAAGAUGUUCCGACAAACUUUGUGCAUAUCUCAGUCCACGUGGGCACUUCUAAUUUGCCUGCCGCAUACAAACCUUUGUUGUCACUCUUCAGCGAUAACUUCUUUAACACCCCUAUUCGUCGUAAUGGCGAGCGCGUCCCAUUCGAGAAGGUGGUGAUGGAAUUGGAAAGAGAUACAGUUAGCUAUGCCUUGGAUUCGGGCAGUAAAUUCAGCGAUUCAGAAAGCUUCCUAAUUCGAUUCCAAGUCGAGCCAGAAAAGUAUGCUACUGCUAUUGAGUGGAUCCGUACGAUGAUGUUUGACAGCAUUUUCGAUCUCACUCGUUUGAAGGCCUGUAUUGCUAAGCAGCUUGCCGAUAUCCCCGAAGCGAAACGCGAUGGUAGAGUUAUGACUAGUGAAGUAGAAAUGGCUAUUCAUAACGAGGCUUCGUCCCUGCUUGUGGCGAAACGCACCCUUGUUAAGACUGUAUAUCUCCGUCGACUUAAGAAGCUCUAUGACAAGGACCCCGAAGCGGUGAUAUCGAAGUUCGAGGAACUUAGAAAGUCUCUAUUCACUUCUGAUAACCUUCGAAUUCUGGUCAUAGCUGAUAUAUCAAACUCAAAGCUGUCUGACCCCGUUAAAGCUUGGGAUGCACUCUCUAAUUCACUCAACGCUCACGUAGAGUCUGUCAACCCCAUCAUUAAACCUCACACUCUUCUAAAUAGCGAAGGUCGCAACCCUGGCUCUGUUGGGGCGACGAUUGUCCCUAUGAGAGCAAUUGAUAGCUCUUACUCCAUUUGCUCUAGCAAAGGCCUUACCUCGUUCUCUGACCCAGUGGUUCCCGCACUUCUAGUUGCUAUGCAAUAUUUGGAAACUGUGGAAGGUACAUUAUGGAAUGCUGUUCGCGGGAACGGCUUAGCCUACGGUGCCUAUUUUGCAAAGGAGCUAGACGGAGGAUACUUGCAUUUUAAAGUGUAUAGGUCCCCCCUAGCAUCAAAGGCGAUUUCUGCUGCGCGUGAUGCUAUCGCGGCGUUAGUAGAUGGCACUGUCGAGUUUGAGAAGCCUAUGAUUGAGGGCGCGAUCAGUCAGUUGGUGAUGGCCAUGGCGGAGGAGCAGGCUACUUUGGCCUCCGCGGCAGUGCAAAAAUUCAUAGUUGGUGCUAUAAGAGGGCUUGAACCCGAUUAUAACAUCAAGAUGCUUGCGAAAGUUAGAAAAAUAUCGGUUGAAGAUAUUAAGCAGGCUAUGAAGACAUGGCUAUUGCCCCUGUUUGAACCUGGGAAGAGUAACGUAGUGGUUUGCUGCGCACAUGCAAUGGUAGAGCAACUCGAAAAAGAAUUCAAAGCCAUGGGAUACAAAACCGAAGUGAAACAGUUAUCAGAUUUCCAAGGCGAUUAUGGCCUUGAAGACCCAGAUGGCGACGAAGAUGGAGAUGAGGAAGACGAUGACGAGGAUAUGGAAGAUGAUGAUGAGGAUAUGGAAGACGAUUCCGAGGAAGAUGAUUAG